CCCUUUCCCACGCGGCCCGCCGCGCCACCUCUCCCUGCACCUGGGCUCAUAACUCCACACCCACCGACACCGUGGGCCCUCAGGGCGCUCGAGGCUUGGACCAGGCCCACGCGGUUUCUUCUUCCUUUCCCUUUCCCUUGGCUUGCGGGAGUCGCUGCUGCAGCUGCGACAUCUCCGUCCACCGUUCCCCCAACCAAAAAACGCAGAGCUUUCCCAGCAGCGGGAAGCGUCAAAUUCGGGCGACGUACCUCGUGCGCAUCGACCGAUCUCCGGUUGCUCCUGAUUUAGCUCCGCUCUGACGGCUGACCAGACACCUUGCGCCCGUCCACCGAAUCCAGCUCCGAUCCAUCGAGAAUGUCGAGCCUCGAGGAGCCGCUUGGUCUCGGAGACCUGCCAAAGUUGAGUAUUGACAGACUUGGAAGCCUCUCAUCGCCAAGAGCUUAUCGUAGGGCAGCAGCAGCUGAUGACAUCAACAAUCGCAAGUAUAACAACUCCUGCAAUGGAAGCACUCAGAUGGUCUUCCAUGGCAAUUCUCAUGCAUGGCAUCCGCAAUGCCGUCAGGCCGAUUCAUCAUGUGAUGUAGUGGAGCUUAGAGAUCUUCCCAGAAAGGUUAUGUGGGAUCUACCAAGCUUUGUCAAGAUAGUUGAAGUUGCACCACGAGACGGCCUGCAAAACGAAAAGGGCAAUGUACCAACAUCUGUCAAGAUCCAACUGAUACACAAAUUAGUGGCUGCAGGUUUAUCAGUAGUUGAAGCCACAAGUUUUGUAUCCCCAAAAUGGGUGCCGCAGUUAGCUGAUGCAAAGGAAGUCCUCAAAGGGAUCCAGCAGGUGCCAGGUGUGAGGCAUCCAGUGUUAACUCCUAACCUCAGAGGAUUUGAGGCUGCUGUUGCAGCUGGUGCAAAGGAAAUUGCGGUAUUUGCAUCUGCCUCUGAAUCCUUCUCUAAGUCGAACAUUAACUGUACCAUUGAGGAAAGUCUUGUUCGGUACCGUGAUGUUACUGCUGCUGCCAAGAAACAUGGACUCCUUAUCCGCGGGUAUGUUUCCUGUGUAAUUGGUUGCCCUGUUGAAGGUGCAAUCGAUCCAUCGAAGGUGGCAUAUGUAGCUAAGGAGCUUUAUAACAUGGGGUGCUCGGAGAUUUCACUUGGCGACACAAUUGGUGUUGGUACACCAGGUAGUGUAGCUGCUAUGCUUGAAGCUGUCAUGUCCUUUGUUCCGGUGGACAAGAUUGCUGUUCAUUUCCACGAUACGUACGGCCAGGCCCUUGCCAAUAUCCUAGUCUCCCUUCAAAUGGGGAUCAGCAUAGUGGACUCGUCAGUUUCAGGCCUCGGAGGCUGCCCGUAUGCAAAGGGCGCAACUGGCAAUGUCGCCACUGAGGACGUCGUGUACAUGCUCCAUGGCCUGGGGAUAGAGACCAACGUCGACCUCAACAAGCUCAUGGAGGCUGGCGAUUACAUCUCCAGGCAUCUAGGAAGGCCGGUGGGAUCCAAGACUGCUGCCGCUCUGCGCAAGCACCUGAGUCCCUAAAGAUCAUUUCAGGCCCUCCCAAAAGAAUAUGUACCAGCUGGUGUCAUCACACGUAUUUACUUAGGCAGAAUCGUAGAAACGUCACUCCGGUUUGCUUUUUGCGAUCAUACACAGAAAACAUUGAUACACACAAAUUUGUAUUAUGUCCUCGGACUGUCCAGGAUAACCAUCAUCUAUCCUCCGUGAUGUUAUAAAAAAAGAGUAUACGAAAUGUAAGUUUUGAUCGCAGUCUUA